AUGGAGACAACUCGACCACCAAAGCCCCACUGGCGCAUAUACUGGUUCGCUCUCGUACUCUGCUGCGGCGGAGCCUUAUUCGGUUAUGACUCGGGGGUAAUUGGCGGAGUCCUAACAUUCCCCACCUUCACAGCGUCCUUCUCAAUCCUCCCCACCGACAAAACCCGCACAAGCGCGAUCGCCGUAGGAAUCCAACAAGCGGGCGCAUUCGCCGGCUGCUUCCUAAUCUGGCCGAUAACAAACCGCUACGGACGCCGUCUCGCAAUGGGACUAUGUUCCAUAAUCUUUAGCAUCGGCGUAAUCCUCGAAACGAUUGACUCGCAUUCUCUCUCUGUAUUCUACGUCGGACGCGUGAUCUGCGGACUAGGCAUUGGCGGUUCCGCGACCGUCAUCCCGAUCUACAUGUCCGAGAUGAGUCCGAAAGAAAUCCGCGGUCAGUUGGGGAGUUGUUAUCAGCUAACGUACACGGUUGGGAUCCUUGUUUCGUACUGGGUUGAUUAUGGAGUUAAGGGGAUGGGAGAGGAGGCUGGGGCGCGGCAGUGGCAGAUUCCUGUUGGAUUGCAGCUUGUGCCUGGCGUUUUGAUGGGGGUUGGUAUGUUUGGUGUCGCUGAGAGUGUUAGGUGGUUACUUGGAGUUGGGAGGGAGGCGGAGGCGUGGGAUUGUCUUGUUUGGAUUCGGGGUGGGGAUGGGGAGGGGGUUAGGGGGGAGUUUGAGGAUAUGAGACGGGGGUUGGAGGAGGAGAGGGAUGCAAGGGAUGGGUUUCAAGUUUGGGAGUUGGUUGAAAGGGGGAAUUUGAAGAGGAUGGGGAUUGCUGCGGGCUUGUUUCUUGCGCAGCAGUCGACGGGCUCGACGGCGUUGGCGUAUUUCGGGCCGCAGUUCUUUGAGUUGCUUGUUGGAGAUGGGGAUCGGACGCUUUUGUUGACGGGGAUUUUUGGCGCGAUUAAGGUCGUCGCUUGUUUGGUUUUUGUGGUGUUUUUGUCUGAUCGUUUUGGGAGACGGCCCUUAUUGGCCGGUGGUGCGGCGUUUAUGGCGGUUUGUAUGAUUGCCACUGCGGCGGUUGUGAAGUCUUAUCCCCAGCCUGGUGAUGGGACGGUUACUUCUUCGGGAAUUGCCACGGUCGCCCUGAUAUACCUCGAUAUCAUCGCUUACAACUUCAGUUGGGGUCCGUUGCCGUGGCCGUGUGCGAGUGAGAUCUUCCCUACGCGCAUUCGGGAGCCCGGCGUUGCGUUCGGUGUUGGAUCGCAGUGGUUGUUCAAUUUUGUGUGGAGUUUCUCGACGCCAUAUAUCCAGGAGAGCCUAGGAUGGGGUACAUUCUUGCUCUUUGGACUGCUGGAUGUGGUGAUUGUGGGCUUUACUUACUUCUGUCUGAAGGAGACGGCUGGGAAGUCCCUCGAGGAGAUCAAUGGGAUGUUCGAUGCUCAUCCGGACGCCGAGCAUGGGUGGAAAGAUCCUUUGAAUGAUGAUGCCACCGCAUCACAGGUACCCGCUGAAAGGUAUCAGGACGCACAGAUCGAUACCGUUGAAUCGGUCUCCAAGCAUAAGGCUGUGCAUGUCGAGUCAACCGCCGGACGGUCUUGA